AGCAGUUUGCGCUACACGCAAAACGCUUAGAAUUUUCAAAGCAUUGAGUAACUGCUAGUACUCCCACUAAGUGAUUAGUGAUUUUUUCACUAAGUGAUUUUUAAAUUUAGCAGCGUAAAGUUAAAGGGAAGAAUACGUAAAGUGUUAGAAUAGCAGCGCGUGCGGAAAGUUGAUUGUUUACUAUUAAAUAGAAUAAAUUUUCAAAACAAAAAAAGGAAAAUUAUAAAUAAUAUAUUUUUUGAAUAACUUUAAAUAAAACUUUUAAAAUGUAUUCAAAACUUUUAUAAAGCGAAUUUCAUAAAUUUAACGGUAGAAUCUAACAAAAAAGACUUAGUUUAACAGCGCAAAUAAACUCCAGUAUUAAAGUUGCUUUCGGUGCGCCACAACUCAGACGCAUAGAAAAAGUCUCUCAAGCCUGUCCCGAAAAUGUCCGGCAAUCAAGAGGUUAUUGUUGCCUCACCCGUCUCACCACAUCCACCACCAAAAGACCGCAAGCUAUGGCGCGAUCUCACCGCCUAUUGGAUGUUGGGUCUCUGCAACAACUAUGGCUAUGUGGUAAUGUUGAGCGCAGCACACGAUAUUAUCGCUCAAUUUCAAGAUGAAACGGUAGAUGAUAACACAACUGAGGAUGAGAAUGCGCGUAAAUGUCAUUUGGUAUCGACGGGCGCCAUUUUGUUGGCGGAUAUUUUACCUUCGCUAUUUGUGAAAAUGGUCAUUCCCUUCCUGCCGUUUUGGGUGCAUUUCAAAAUUCUGCUCGCUAUUCUGCUGUCAGCAUCUGGUUUUCUGCUCGUUGGUUUCGCUACAGCUGAGUGGAUGGCACUGCUGGGUGUGGUUAUUACUUCGGCGAGUAGCGGUAUUGGUGAACCGACUUUCCUGUCGUAUUCGUCGCAUUUCAAUAAAAAUGUCGUUUCCACCUGGUCAUCUGGCACUGGCGGCGCCGGCGUAAUUGGCUCACUCUCCUACGCCUCACUGCGAGCACUUCAAGUCAGCCCGCGCGACACAAUGCUUAUCAUGCUGAUCUUCCCGGCGCUGGAAGCAUUCUCCUUCUGGGUCGUACUACGCAAACCAACUAUUAUUCCGCUCACCAAAUCUGCGCUUGAGUCUACAGAGGAAUUGGUGGCUGACGAUAAGCCAUUGCGCGGUUUCAAAGAAAAACUAGUCUACAUUAAAACUCUAUGGCCUUAUAUGUUGCCGCUGGCACUAGUAUACUUUUUUGAGUAUUUCAUCAAUCAGGGAUUGUUCGAACUGGUAUACUUCGAGAAUAGCACACUCUCGCAGGCCUCGCAGUAUCGCUGGUUCAAUGUCGACUAUCAAAUUGGUGUCUUCAUCUCCCGCUCAUCGGUCAAUCUAUAUAAAAUCAAGAAAAUAUGGCUCAUGGCAGUCUUUCAGUUUAUCAACGUCGCCUACUUCCUUACCGAGGCGAUAUACUUCUAUACGCCAACCAUUUGGAUCACGCUGGUCGUUGUGCUGUGGGAGGGUUUGUUAGGCGGUGGCGCCUAUGUAAAUACAUUCUACCGCAUGUCUAAGGAAAUAACGCCCGGGAGAAGACGUUUCGCUAUGGCUAUGGUCACACAAUCGGAUGCCUAUGGCAUUGCGUUGGCCGGCUUCUUGGCUAUUCCACUGCAUAAUGCAAUUUGCUCGCUACCGGCAGCGCAUCGCACAGUGGUGUGGUGAAUUGGCAGCGAUAAUGGGAGGGUCUCGUAUUUUAGUUGAGUUUAGUUUAAGUCAGACAAUAAUUAGAAUAAUUUAAGACAAGCCAUCGGAUUGUAAUGAUUGUAAUGCAUAGGAAAUCACGUAUUAAAAAGUUAAUAUAUGUUAAUGUAAUUAUUAGUCGACCGCUUAACGGAAAGAAUUGUUAUACUUGUAGUAGAUAAGCGAACUUUAAGGUUUCGCAGAAUUGUUACAUAUAAGUACAGACAUAAACUGAGUACAAAGAUUAAUUGCUUGUGUACUUUUGCAUCUCUUUGCAAGGGAAGCGCAAAACUAAUUCAGGGAAUCGUUAUUGAAAUAAACGAAUAUGACCACAUUUUUUUGAAUGUGUGAAAGCUGGCAGCGAAGAGCUUCGAUGAAAA